CCAAUUCCGCACGUGUGGGAAUCUCUUCUGGGGCGAGGCAGAAACAAUUUCGAACAAGAAAACAACAAACUACAAAGGCGGACCUCAAACCCUUUCACUCUUAACCCGAUUCCAUAAACACUUUUCACGUCCGUACCCCUAAACACAAACUCGAAUCCAGGCAAAAUCACGCCGGAGAGAAAAAAAAAUCGAUCGCAGCUGCUUCUCGUUUUCUGCUGCGGCAACACGACAAAGUUGGCAUCUUUUUGCUAGGGAUUUCCUGCGCCGCCGCUGCGGUUUCUUCGCGGCUUGCUUUUUUGGGGUUUCCGUCGUUUUUUCAGCUGCGUUAGCUUUGGGGAAUCUUUGUUCUGCGAAACGUGGCUAUGGAUUACGAACCGUUCGACAGUAGCGGAACUGAUGAUGAUUUUCCCCCACCACAUCAAAAUCAAAAUAGAAUGUCGAGAGGUGGCCGUAUUUCUGGUAAUGGAAGACCUCCUCCCAUUGGUUCUGUCCCAUAUACUAGGAUGUACGAUGAUGCUGACAUGGAAGCCAAAAUCCACCAAAUCGAGCAAGAAGCAUACUGUUCGAUUCUACGAGCUUUCAAAGCUCAAGCUGAUGCAAUUUCUUGGGAGAAGGAAAGUUUAAUAACUGAGCUAAGAAAAGAGUUGAGAUUAUCGAACGAGGAGCACAGGGAUCUUCUCAGCAGGGUCAAUGUGGACGAGACAAUCAGUACAAUAAGGGAAUGGAGAAGACAAGGUGGGGUCCAGCCUGGCAUUCAUGGUACAAGCCACGAUGCAUUGCCCAGUCCUUCCAUAUCAGCUUCUCGUAAAAAGCAGAAAUUAGCCCCUUCAUUACCUUUUCAGCCUCAGCCGAAUCAGCCUUCCUCGUCAGCAGCAAAGCGUGGCCCCCCCAUGAUGGUUCCAAAGGGCAAAAAACAUAAACCCAUGCCACCUGGCUCAUCUUCGAUGAAAAUGCAGGGUCCUCCUGGUCCAGCUGGCAGGGGUAGAUUUGGGACCCGCGUUCCUUCGGGUGGUCUUGCAAAUGAAUUUGCAGAAGGGGGUUCGUUUGAUUCGUUGAUUGGAAGGAAAGUUAGAACUAGAUGGCCUGACGAUAAUAGUUUUUACGAGGCUGUGAUAACUAAUUAUAAUCCAAUUGAGGGUGUACAUAAUCUUGUUUACGACAUGAAUACUCCAAACGAAACAUGGGAGUGGGUCAACUUAUCUGAGAUGGCUCCGGAAGAUAUACAAUGGGAAGGUGAAGACCCUGGAAUAUCUCGUCAUGGUGGGCCCGGCAAUGGGAUGAUUAGGCGUCCAGGUUCCGGAAGAGGAAGAGGGUUGACCAAGAGUCAACCCAGGAAAGGCUUUCCGCCUUCUCAGAAUGGGGUCGGAAAGCAGGGUGCCGACGACAUCCAAUUGCUUCAUACUGACACCUUAAUUAAGGAGGUGGAGAGGGUUUUUAGUGCUGAUCAAAUCGACCCUGUGGAGGUAGAGAAGGCAAAGAGAGUGCUGAAGGAGCAUGAACUAGCACUUACUGAUGCCAUUUCAAGGCUCUCAGAAUUAUCCGACGGUGAAAGUGAUGAGGGUGGUCGCUUCUUACACGGACAAGGAUUGGAAAGAGAAUAAGGAUGCGAUGGUUGUAUUUUCGAGCCAAAGAUUUGGAUGGUUGUAUCUAACUAUUUUAUGAAUAUGGUAAAAAUGUAGAUUGAUUUAGGAGUCCCUGUACUAAUGCCAUAGUUAAGUUAUACAAUCUUCCAGCAUUUUGAUUAUUUUUUAGUUAAGUAAUUUAGUAGGUGGAUGGGUUUUUGUUCUUUAUUUAAUUUUGAUGUAAAAUAUUAGAUUAGACAUUAGCUUCUCUCUUGUAAACUGUGGAUAUAUUUAGUUUCUCUCUAUCUCUCC